GCAGUCGGCGGAGCCGGUGGGCUUUUCCCGUAGUUCCUCAACGGCUCUGCGGGACGAUGGCGAGCGACGCGUCUCCGAGCGCGCCUCCGCGGCCGCUGCACUCAGCGCAGGCCGUGGACGUGGCCUCGGUCUCCAAUUUCCGGGCUUUCCAGAUGCUGCACUUGCACCUGGAUCUGCGGGUCGAGUUCGGGCCUCCGGGGCCGGGCCCCGGGAGCCGGGGUUUGAGCGGCACGGCAGUCCUGGAGCUGCGUUGCUUGGUGCCCGAGGGCGCCACCGAGCUGCGGCUCGACUCGCACCCGUGCCUCGAGGUGACGGCGGCGGCGCUGCGGCGGCAGCGGCCCGGCCUGGAGGAGCCGCCCUCUGAGCCCGUGCCCUUCCACACGCAGCCCUUCUCGCACUACGGCCAGGCCCUGUGCGUGGCCCUCCCGCAGCCCUGCCCGGCCGGCGAGCGCUUCCAGCUUCUGCUCACCUACCGCGUCGGGGAGGGACCCGGGGUUUGCUGGUUGGCUCCUGAGCAGACAGCAGGAAAGAAGAAGCCUUUUGUCUAUACCCAGGGUCAGGCUGUCCUGAACCGGGCCUUCUUCCCUUGCUUCGACACUCCUGCAGUGAAAUGCAAAUAUUCAGCACUUAUUGAGGUCCCAGAUGGCUUCACAGCUGUGAUGAGUGCUAACACCUGGGAGAAGAGAGGUCCAAAUAAGUUCUUCUUCCAGAUGUGUCAUCCCAUCCCUGCCUAUCUGAUAGCUUUGGCCAUCGGAGAUCUGGUUUCGGCUGAAGUUGGACCCAGGAGCCGGGUGUGGGCUGAGCCCUGCCUGAUCGAGGCUGCCAAGGAGGAGUACAACGGGGUGAUAGAAGAAUUUCUGGCCACAGGAGAGAAACUUUUUGGACCCUACGUUUGGGGAAGGUAUGACCUGCUCUUCAUGCCACCAUCCUUUCCGUUUGGAGGAAUGGAGAACCCUUGUCUGACCUUUGUCACCCCCUGCCUGCUGGCAGGGGACCGCUCUUUGGCCGACGUCAUCAUCCACGAGAUCUCCCACAGUUGGUUCGGGAACCUGGUCACUAAUGCCAACUGGGGUGAAUUCUGGCUCAAUGAAGGUUUCACCAUGUAUGCGCAGAGGAGGAUCUCCACGGUCCUCUUCGGCUCUGCUUACACCUGCUUGGAAGCUGCAACUGGCCGGGCUCUGCUUCAGCAGCACAUGGACAUCACUGGCGAGGAACACCCGCUCAACAAGCUCCGCGUGAAGAUCGAACCAGGUGUGGACCCAGAUGAUACCUACAACGAGACUCCCUACGAGAAAGGCUUCUGCUUUGUCUCAUACCUGGCCCACUUGGUGGGUGAUCAGGAUCAAUUUGACAAUUUUCUCAAGGCCUAUGUUAAUGAAUUCAAAUUCCAAAGUAUCUUAGCCGAGGACUUUCUAGAAUUCUACUUGGAAUACUUCCCUGAGCUGAAGAAAAAGAAUGUGGAGUCCAUUCCAGGUUUUGAGUUUGAUCGGUGGUUGAAUACCCCGGGCUGGCCCCCCUACCUCCCUGACCUCUCCCCUGGGGACUCACUUAUGAAGCCCGCUGAAGAGCUGGCCCAGCUGUGGGUGGCCAAGGAGUUGGACAUGAAGGCCAUCGAAGCUGUGGCCAUUUCUGCCUGGAAGACCUACCAGCUGGUGUAUUUCCUCGAUAAGAUCCUCCAGAAAUCCCCUCUCCCUCCCGGGAACGUGGAGACCCUCAGAGAGACAUACCCAAAGAUCUCAGACUCCCAGAACGCGGAGCUCCGGCUCCGAUGGGGCCAGAUUGUUCUUAAGAAUGACCACCAGGAGGAUUUCUGGAAAGUGAAGGCAUUCCUGCAGAGCCAGGGGAAGCAGAAGUACACUCUUCCGCUGUACCACGCAAUGAUGGCUGGCAGCGAGGUGGCCCAGACCCUUGCCAAGGAGACCUUCGAGGCCACUGCCCCCCAGCUCCACAGCAAUGUAGUCAACUACGUCCAGCAGAUCGUGGCACCCAAGGGCAGUUAGAGGCUCUGGGCCGGGCUUCUGCCUCUUCAGACUUUGCAGGCUUUCAGAAUACUGUUCCUAAAUUCCAGUUCUCCAGUCAAAUUCCUGAAGUUUACACACCCUUGGGGAAAUCUGGUCUCUGGGCUUGGUGUCUGUGACUCUUGGGCCUCUGCUCUGGUGGAAACUUCUCUGGACCAGCAAGUCCUAAGACCAGAGAACCUUCCACAGCUCUCUGCUGGCUUUGGUGAGGGCGGGCAGUCUUCUCCCUCCUCCCUGCUGUCUGGGAAGAUCAGAGAUUUUCUUAUGCCUCCCUUCCCCUCUUUUUUCCCUCCCCUUUUCUUUUCUUUUCUUCUUUUCUGAUUCUUGAAGUACUAUGCAAAGGGCUGCAUUCUGGUAAUUCAUUUUUUCAGGUUUAAUCUUUAUUUUAAUAAAUAUUUUUAAA